AUGUCUGCUCAAGCUAAGAUUUUGUCCCAAGCUCCAACUGAAUUGGAAUUGCAAGUCGCCCAAGCCUUCGUUGACUUGGAAAACUCUUCCCCAGAGUUGAAGGCUGACUUGAGACUAUUGCAGUUCAAGUCUAUCAGAGAGAUCGAUGUUGCCGGCGGUAAGAAGGCCAUUGCCAUUUUCGUGCCAGUUCCUUCCCUAGCUGGUUACCACAAGGUCCAAACCAAGUUGACCCGUGAAUUAGAGAAGAAGUUCCCAGACCGUCACGUUGUCUUCCUAGCUGAGAGAAGAAUCUUACCAAAGCCUUCCAGAAGAUCUAGACAACUCCAAAAGAGACCAAGAUCCAGAACUUUGACCGCUGUCCACGACAAGAUCUUGGAAGACUUGGUUUUCCCAACCGAGAUCGUUGGCAAGAGAGUCAGAUACUUGGUGGGUGGUAACAAAGUCCAAAAGGUGUUGUUGAACUCCAAGGAUGUCCAACAGGUCGACUACAAGUUGGAAUCUUUCCAAGCCGUUUACAACAAGUUGACCGGUAAGCAAAUCGUGUUCGAAAUCCCAGGCGAAUCUCAUUAG